CACCGCAGGCGGCGCAGAAUGGAGCUGAGAGCCUGCCAGGCACCGCCAUGCAUCUCACGUCCCCUUAAUUAAACAAUAACUUUUUUUUAGUAGUUGAGUAGAAGUAGUAGCAUUUAGGAGCUUGCAGGAGCCGAAAUGCCUCCACAUUUGUUUUGUGCUUUUUGCUCGGCUUUGGUUCUUUUCCCGCUCAUGAGCACUUCUUGUCCCGUACAGUGCAGCUGCUUCUACCACAAACUGAGCGAUGGAUCCAAAGCAAGAAGUGUACUUUGCAAUGAUCCCGAGAUCAGAGUCAUUCCCACGAACUUCCCCGCCGACACAUCCAAGCUACGCAUCGAGAAGACUACGAUCUCAAGGAUUUCUAGUGACAACUUCCGUUACCUCGGCAGCAUGGAGUUCUUGUGGAUGUCUUUCAACUCCCUUAGUUUGCUCAGUGUGGACAGUUUCCGGGGUCUUACCAAUUUGGACGAGCUGAGGCUGGACGGGAACUCCCUCACCUCGUUCCCGUGGGAGUCUCUGAGGGACAUGCCUAACCUGAGGCUGCUCGACCUGCACAACAACAAGAUCGCCAGCAUCCCCGCCGAGGCCACCAUGUACAUUAAGAACAUCACCUACUUGGAUUUAUCCAGCAACAGUCUCACAACUGUCCCUGCGGACGUCCUCUCGCUGUGGCUGAGCGUGAAACCAUCUCAAGAUGCAGACUCUUCUAAAUUCAUUCUUGGUCUCCACGACAACCCGUGGUUGUGCGACUGCCGGCUCUACGAUCUGGUCCAGUUUCAGAAGUCUCCAAGGUCAUCUGUGGCUCUAAUAGACCCCAGGUUGCGAUGUGCAGACCCUGAGAGUCUAUCUGGGGUUUUCUUCACCGAAGCUGCACUGCAGAGGUGCCAGGGCCCUCGAGUGCACACAGCCGUAGCACGCGUCCGUAGCUCAUUGGGCAACAAUGUGCUGCUUCGCUGUGGCACAGUCGGUGUACCCAUCCCCGAACUGUCCUGGAGUCGCGCCGACGGCAAGAAAAUCAACGGCACUAUUCAGCAAGAGAUCUCAAAGGAAGGAAUCAUUUGGUCCAUUUUGAGCGUGCCUGCUGUCUCAUACCGGGAUUCGGGAAAGUAUGUGUGCAAAGCAGCUAACUUUGUGGGAACAGCAGACGCCAUCAUCUCACUGGUGAUUACAGACUCAUUUCGGUCUGAAGAAGCAGGGGGUGGCGGCGGUGCGGUCGCUAAGAGAACCAGAGGGAAAAAAUCAGGCGGUGUUGGGAGGGCUGCAUACCAGGAGAAACUGAUUGCCAGGUAUGUCCCUCCCCCAACGUCCUCACCAGGCAAGCCCAUCAUUCAACCCCUCAAUGGCAAAGGUGUCUCUGGGAAGUUUGAGGUAGAGAGCUAUAGCGUUUCUGAUGGCUCUCGAGGACAAGGCAAAGCAUCGGACCCUCAGAAGAUGGAGCAGGGCUCUCUGGGUAACAUGAUAGCCAACGCCUCGUCCUUGCAAGCUCCGGAGAAAAGGGUUGUGCGUUCUGUGAAGGUGAUCGGGGAUACCGACCACACCGUCUCGUUGAACUGGAGAGCCCCAACAGCGACAAACACUACAGAGUUCAGCAUCCUGUACGCCGUGUUUGGCGAAAGGGACAUGCGCCGGAUCAACGUAGCUGCAGGCAAAAACCGUAUCACCAUCGACGGUCUGGUGCCAAAAACAAAGUACAUUGCUUGCGUUUGCGUGAAAGGCCUGAUCCCGAAAAAAGAACAGUGUGUAAUCUUCUCAACGGAUGAGGCGGCCAGCGCGAGCGGCACCCAAAAGCUCAUCAAUGUGGUGGUUAUAACAGUGGCCUGCGUCAUUGCCGUGCCCCUCACUCUCAUUGUGUGCUGCGGCGCCAUCAAGAAGCGCUGCCAAAAACUCCUGGGCAGGGAAUCCAAGGAAAUGCAGGACUCUUAUGUCACAUUUGAGACUCUGGGACCUGGGGCUAAAGGUAAAGGAAUGGAAGGCGAGUAUCUGGCCCGGCUAAACCCUGAUGAGUCCAAUCGGCUGCUCUCUGCCAGGUCUAGUGUUGACUCGGAGGCCAUAACCAGGACUGAGGGGCCACCGAACGAGUACUUCUGCUAGAACCCGACGUUUGCCUGGACCUCCUGGAGGAUGCACUUUGAGAUUGGAGUAGUGAAGACUGAUCCUUUGUUGAGGAUUGGAUGAAAUAAAAGCCUUGUGGAAAAAAAUUAAUGGCAUAUUGGUCAGCAAAAAAUGGAAUCUCUACACAGUGAAAGGGUUAUUUACAUGCGGUGUGCAAAUGUGUUUUGAUAUAUCACAUUGCACGUUGCAACUAUAACAAGUUACAACCCAUAUGUUAUCGACCAUGUAACUUCCACACUGUGUAAAACCCCUCACAUGAAGAUAUUUUAUUUAGAAAGACCAGCGACUCUUAGUCUAUUUUGUUUGUCGUUAUGAUGUGCCAGGUUUACCGUCCACUCAACUUACAUCUCAUGCGUUUUUUAAAAUGUACUGUAAAUAUGUUGUCAAAUGAUGCAACUAUAUACUAUGCGUUGUAAAUAAAUGUUUUUUAAUUUACUUGA